UGCUUCUCCUCGGACUGACCUACAAUAAACCACAAGAAGAAGAAACAGCCGUCGCUCAAUAAACAGGUUUUGGAACAGAGGGGAGUUUCACAGGAAAUAACUAAAGCGGUUCUGAGGGAAAGCUUAGCUCUAAAAGGCCAGGUGUGAUCAUGGGGAAGGCACUUUCCCACCUGUCCAAGCAGACAUGCCAUGAGGAGUGCCACGCCACCCUGACCUCUGGCCCUGAGUACAACCGCAUGCCGAGUGAGGAUGUCAAGGGCGGCGGGGAUGUCUCUCAGUUCCCCUACGUGGAGUUUACUGGCAGGGACAGCGUCACCUGCCCAACAUGCCAAGGCACUGGAAGGAUUCCACGAGGUCAGGAAAAUCAGCUGGUGGCGUUGAUUCCAUACAGCGACCAGAGACUGAGGCCAAGGAGAACAAAGCUAUAUGUGUCAGCCUCGGUCAUCGUUUGCCUGCUGCUCUCAGGCCUGGCAGUGUUUUUCCUGUUUCCACGCUCCAUUGAUGUAACCUAUGUGGGGGUGAAGUCUGUAUAUGUCACCUACGACCAGGCCAAGCACAUUGUGUAUCUCAAUAUUACUAACACGCUGAAUAUUACGAACAACAACUACUACUCGGUGGACGUGGCCAACAUCACAGCUCAGGUGCAGUUCUCCAAGACUGUGAUUGGAAAAACCCGCGUUAGCAAUAUUACCACCAUCGGCCCACUUGACAUGAAGCAGAUUGAUUACAUGGUGCCUACCAUUAUAGCUGAUGAAAUGAGUUACAUGUAUGAGUACUGUACCAUGCAGACUAUCAAAGUGCACAACAUUGUAGUCAUGAUGCAGGUCAUGGUCACCACGGUGUAUUUCGGCCACGCUGAGCAGGUCUCUCAGGAGAUGUACCAGUAUGUGGACUGUGGGGGAAACACAACAUCGCUGCAUGAGUACAAUCUAAGAACUCCUGCCUCAGAUUAAUGCUCAAGCUGGGGGUACGCUGUGUUUAUCCCUUUUCCCUGCAAUCACCAAGUCCGUUAUAUUUUGUCAAAUUGGUUGAUUCCGUUACAUACAAUUGUUGAAUAACAAGGGUGUUUCAAAAUCAUGAGUAAUGCACUUUAUUUUCCAAUCUCCCGAGACUUCUGUAUUCUUAGUGUGUAGUGAAAAUAAGACAACUGAAAAACCACUCACAGGUGUAUAUUUACAUACUCUUUUAAUGUUUGACAAAAACACUUUAGUUGCAGACACUGCUACACUAAAACUUGAAAGCUGUCUGCUUAAUAUCUAAGCUUCUGUAUUAAAAAACAAUGCACUUUGAAUACUUUUCUGUUCUGAUAUAGAGUAACAUUCAUGAAUAUCCUGAUGCUAAUAGGUCCUGCAUGUUUUUGAGAUCUGUUUGAGUAUGUGCAGCAUAGUUGCUAUAUACUAAGUAAAAUUAUUUACUAGAAGUUUGGUUUAUAUCCUGGCAUUUGCAGACCCUCAUCUGCUGCAUCUCAGCCUGCAGUGGAUAUUGUUGUUCUCUAGGGGUUGAAGGUUUGCACUUUGGAUCUCUUUUUCAGCUUGCUAACAAAUUUGCUUUAUUUGUCUCAGUUUUUGAGCUGUCAGAGAUUUAAUUUACCUUGAAACACACAUUUGUAAAAAAACGCAGCUUAUGAAAGAGGAAAUGUGUCUGGAAAAUGGAACCAAGUAAUUACACUGUCAGUGUUUGAAUUUAUGCUCAAACAUUCCAAAGGAAAAUUUCACGUGUUAAAGUAUAUACUGGCUGUGAUGAAUCCAUGUAUCACAUUUAGAAAGCUAUUUCUAAACCUAGUAAGCCAGUUGCGUUGAACGUGAUGAAUUGUCAUUUUUAACAUUGAACAUGAAAUGCUGAUAACAUAACACUUUUAAUCAAACUUGUAUGAAAGCUUCUAGUACAAACAUUAUUAAUGAAAACUAAAUAACUGAAUAUUAAUUAAGUUGAUUUAGUGUGUUAUGUAUGAAACAUGUGUUAAGGUCUGUUAACCUACAGUCCCCACUGAAAGUAUUGGAACAACAAGGCCAAUUCAGUUGUUUUCGCUAUACAUGGAAGACAUUUGGGUUUGAGAUCAAAAGAUGAAUAUGAGAAGGUAGAUCAGAAUUUCACCUUUCAUUUCAUCAUAUCUACAUGUAGUUGUGUUAAACAACUUAGAACAUGGCACCUUUUGUUUGAACCCACUCAUUCUUUCAAGUGAUCAAAUAUUGGGACAUGUGACUUCUAUUUGUUUCCUGCUGCCUAGGUGUGUCAUGUUAAAUUGAUUUUUUUUAAAAAAUUAACAGCUCUGAAUGUCUGCUCAUGGUUUGAGCCCUAGGUUUUACCUGUGAAAAACCAACAUGAAGAUCAGACCAAUUUGAAGACCAGAGCCAUUUUGAAGCUGAGAAAAGAGGGAAAAUCUAACAGAGCCAUUGCACAAGCACUGGGCAUAGCCAUUACAACAAUUUGGAAUGUCCUGAAAAAGAAAGAAACCACUGGUGUAUUAACAACCAGACAAGGAACAGAUUGGGCAAAGAAAACAACAGUUGAUGACAGAAACAUUGUGAGAGCUAUGAAAAAAUCCCCCAAAACAACAGUUAGUGACAUCACUAACAUCACCCCUGCACCUCCACCGGGCAGGGGUGAAGAUGCAAUCUACUGGUUGAAGAAGACUUCAAGUGCAGAAAUAUAGAGGCCAUACCACAAGAUGUAAACCACUCAUAAGCGGUAAGAAUUGGAAAGGCAUAUUGGAAUUUGCAAAGAAAUUCAGAGAUGAGCCACAAAAGUUCUUGAACCAUAAUUAACCUCUACCAAAGUGAUGGAAAGGCCAAAGUGUGGAGCUCAGAAAAACAUCAGUCAAGUAUGGUGGAGGUAGUGUCAUGGCUUGGGCUUGCGUGGCUGCUUCUGGAAUGGGCUGUCUAAUCUUUACUGAUGAUCUAACUCAUGAUGGUAGCAGGAGAAUGAAUUCAGUUUACAGAGAAGCACAUUCCAUCUAAUUGGGAGGAACUUCAUCCUGCAGCAAGACGAUGACCCGAACAGCACUGACAACCCAACGAAGGACUUCAUCGGGGGGGAAGUGGAAGGUUUUAAUCCUGCCAAGUCAAUCGCCUACUGAAGGGAGAAACACCCCAAAACAAACAACAACUGAAAGAAGCUGCAUUAUAAGCCUGAAAAAGCAACUCGAAAGAAAAUGUAACAUUUUUUUGAUGUCAUUGGCUGGAUGUCAACCAGCUGGAUGCUGUUUUAUAUAUAGUAUAAAAUAUUUGACUAUCAGUUCCUAUACUUUUGUUCACCUAAAAAUUGGGUGGUCUCCAACCAAAGAUGCCAUGUUUUAAGUUGGUUAACACAUCUAGAUGUAAACAUCAGGAAAUUAAAGCUGAAAUUCUGAUCUAUCAUCUCAUAUUUUCUCAAACCCAAAUGUCUUCAAUGUAUAAUGAAAAAAAUAGAAUUAGCCUUUUUGUUCCAAUACUUUCUGAUGGGACUGUAAGUGUUUUUUUAUUUUUGUUUUUAACACUAAAGUGGUUCACGAUUCGAUAUUAAUCACUGAACCCACUGAAUAUUUGUUUCAAGGUCAUAUUUUUGUCUAUUUAAAGUCUUUGCACUCAUCUGCUAAGGAUCAUGAUUUUCGUAUCUAACAUCAGCAAAAUAUACAGCAGACAAAUGGCCGAAGGUGUCAUUAUAUUUAACAGCUGUGUCUGACAGUGUGUGAAGUUUAUAACUAUUAUAGUGCUGUUUUAGCUUAAGCUUUGUUUGCAGAGUUUUAACAAAGAGAUAAUAGUUCUAGAUGCUGAAAGUAUCGUGUAAUAAAAAGACUUGUAAAAAAAAUAGUGCACUAAUAGUUUUGGUACAUGUUCAUCUGAAGCAUAUUUUCUUGGCUUGAAUAAAGGUCUAAAUCCUCUUAUGUCUUCUUUAA